CGUCAGGGCGGCCCGGCGGGCACAGGGGGCGGCGGGCGCGGACUCUGCCCAGGUUCCCUCCCUCCCCGGGCUCCCUCCCCGGGCCCGCGCAGCCCCUUCCCGCCCGGCGCGGCUCUCGCACGGACGCGGGCCGGUCUCGUCGCGGCGGCGGUGGGACCCGGGCUGGCUCAGCAGGCUCGCAGAUGGGUCAGGGACUCUGGAGAGUUGCUAGGAACCAGCAAUUGCAACAGCAAGGAUACAGUGGACCAGGCUAUCUUACCAGAGAGCAUGGUAGGAGGGUAGCUGCUAACAAUGUGUCCAAUACAAGCCAUCGCAAACAAGCCCAAGGAGGCAUUGACAUCUACCACCUGUUGAAGACAAGAAAAUCUAAAGAACAAGAAGGAUUCAUUAACCUGGAAAUGCUGCCACCAGAGCUUAGUUUUACCAUUUUGUCAUACCUGAAUGCAACUGAUCUCUGUCUAGCUUCGUGUGUCUGGCAGGAUCUUGCUAAUGAUGAGCUCCUCUGGCAAGGGUUGUGCAAAUCCACUUGGGGUCACUGUUCCAUAUACAAUAAGAAUCCACCUCUAGGAUUUUCUUUUAGAAAAUUGUAUAUGCAGCUAGAUGAGGGAAGUCUCACCUUUAAUGCCAACCCUGAUGAGGGAGUCAACUACUUUAUGUCCAAAGGCAUAUUAGACGAUUCACCAAAAGAAAUAGCUAAGUUUAUCUUUUGCACGAGAACACUAAAUUGGAAGAAGCUGAGAAUCUACCUUGAUGAAAGGCGAGAUGUUUUGGAUGACCUCGUGACGCUGCACAACUUCAGAAAUCAAUUCUUGCCAAAUGCACUGAGAGAGUUCUUCAGACACAUUCAUGCUCCUGAGGAGCGUGGGGAGUACCUUGAAACUCUCAUAACAAAGUUCUCUCACAGGUUCUGUGCUUGUAAUCCUGAUUUGAUGAGAGAACUUGGCCUUAGUCCUGAUGCAGUUUAUGUACUGUGUUACUCUUUGAUUCUACUUUCAAUUGAUCUAACAAGCCCUCACGUGAAGAACAAAAUGUCAAAGAGGGAAUUCAUCCGAAAUACGCGACGAGCUGCACAGAAUAUUAGUGAAGAUUUUGUAGGGCACCUUUAUGACAACAUCUACCUUAUUGGCCAUGUGGCUGCCUAAAAGCACAAUUUGCUAGCACUUAAAAUUUGUAAUGUUCAAAUAUUAUGUCAAUUCAAGACAUUAAUUAUUUUGUAGAGAUGGGGGUUAUUUUAGUGCUGGUCAUUCUAACCUCUGUAUGCAAUCAAAGUUUGUGUGUGUAAGUGUGUGUAUGUGUAAACUACCUUUUCUAUCUAUUUACCUUGGGAAUGGAAGGAUUUGGUUUUCAUAAUUUUUUUCAGUUUUGCACAAAACAAUGCCAUUAGUCUGACACAGCCAUUUACGAAUGUUAAACUGACAUUACAGUCUAAGCUGACAAAGUGAUGAAUUUGUGCAUUAGAUCUGCUUGAAACUUUAAUACGUUCAUUCUUUUUAGAAUACUGUGUAAUGUGUAUAUAUUUAACUGAAGAGAUUUAUAAUCAUAAUUAUUUUAUUGUAAAAUAUUUUAACUAAAAUUUCUCCUCUUAUCUCUUAAAAUAGUGUUGUACUUUUGUUUGCAUUUUUUUUACAAUGCUGACUACCUCAGAUACAUAACUUAGAGAAACAUUAGUCUGAGUGCUACAAUAAAGUUUAUUCUAGGAGAUGACAGAACACUUGUAAAACAUCUAACCUGGUAUUUUAUACUAUAUUUACUAACUUGACUUAGCAUAUUGCCGAUCUGCUAUUCACUGUUUUAAAGACUACAGGCUCUAUUUUAGAUAAACCCUGAUGUCAUACAGGGAUAGCCAAGGGAAAUCGUACAGUGUACAGAGAGUUUUACAGAAUUUACAUAUAUAAAUUUACAUCUAUUUUUCAGACACUAGUUCUUGGGAAACAAGGCAACUACAAUCACUUAUUCAGCACAUUAAGCAAGGAAAAAUCUAAACAGGGAAAGUAGUGGGGGCAACUAAUAUGUUGCUUUCAACUGGUUCCCUCAGUCUAGAAGUGUCAGUGAUGGAAAUGCCUGGACAAAUACAUACCAGAUGACUGGUAUGUAAAGCUGUUAAAAACUGACUGUGCAAGAUUAGAGCAGUGACUGUGCAGGAUUCGAGAGCCAUUUCAGAAUCCAAAUACUGAGGUACUUUCUAAAUCAGUCAUGUAGCUAGAUUUUUAGCAGUUCUAGAUUUAUGGAAAUACUUCAAAAAUUACUUAGGUAGUGUCUGAAGUAUGUAGAAUAUUAGCAGUGCAACUGCUGUGCAUGUGCAGGAAUUGAGUGAGAUUUGCUUGGUGUUUGUUCAGACGACUCGCAGAGCAGUGCUUUUCUUAAAUUGACGUAACAUAGUUAAAAUAAAAGCUGUUCUUCAUUAUGUUUGUUUACAUAAUAUUCAACUAUAAGUAGGAUCUGGAUUCAUCAUGGCACCAGUACAUUUAUUCUUUUUCCCUACCACACCGUGAGGUGAGAAGGUAUUCUUAGUUGUGUUUUACAGAUUAAUCUGAUCUAUGUAGAAAGCCCGUGGCAGAGCCAGGAAUUGAAUGCAGGUCAUACCCCUCAUAGGCACACAUUUUGCCUACGCUGCUGCUUUCCAUUUGGUACCUAGGGAGUGUUAUAUUUUAUUGAGAAGUGAGAAUAAUCAUGACAAUGACAGUCCACGUAAGGGCUGCAUAAAUGACAGGAAGAAAAAAUGUAGCUAUUGCUGCUAUUUCAAGUGUUUAGCGCAUUUUAUUUAUAGCUCUGGCCCACAUACAAAAAUGCACAUGGAAAAAGUUGUACUUUUUUGUUACGUUACCUUUAAUCAAGUGUAAAUGCCAUUUGUAUUUAUGUAGCAUACACAGACAAAGCCAGGAGCCAGCAGUAUAGCAGCUGUCUUCCAGACACGUUUACAGUAUCACUCACCUCUCUCAGGACAACUACUCGUCACCCUCUGUUGUUUCAUGUAUUUUGAAAAGGCCAAGGAUGUGUUCUGCAGUGGUCAGUCAAUUAAUCUCAAGCACAAAUAAAGAGCAUAUGAUAUGGUGGAGAGCUUUGUUUAAGGCACUGAUUUCUUCUCCUGUAUUAGAAAAAUAAAAAAUAAAAACAAGUGGAAAACUUUUAACAUAACCUGUAAAACCAAAAAUAAAGGGCAAGUGUCUCCUGGGCUCCUUAAAGUGAUCUUAAGUGCAGAUUGCAGAAUACAGUUUUCUAGAAAACACUCUUCAGAAGUUACACACGUAAAAAGAAGAAUGCAGUGAAUUUUUAAGUUAGAACUAUUCUUAUUAGGAAAGGUUUUCUUCUCAAAUCAUAAAUGCAGAGCGAGGCCUAAUUCUCUUCUGACUUGUAUUUAAGUUGGCAUUAGUGAUACUGGUUUUGAUUUUGCACUGAUAAGAGAGCAUGAAUUGUUAGUCUUCAUUGCUCUUAAUUUCCAGUUACCCUGAUACAAAACAAAGCCUCCAGGCAGACAGAACAUGUUUUUUUUCUGGAGUAGAUGAGUACAUCUAUUAGCAAGGUUUAGAAAGCUUCAAGGCCAGUGUAGCAGCCAAGAAGAUAAAUUAGAAACAGGGUGAUAUGAUUAAAAUCUCCAUAGGACAAGUCCAGGGGAAAAGAAAACAAAGCACUAAUGGCAUACAGAUAACAGCAUCUGAUCUCUCCAGUAGGAUUUUGAACAGUGUUAGAUGAUUAGUGCCCAACUCAUGUUGUACAUUAUGUUACCAGAACAGAGCUGAACAGAAAGCAGCAAACACAACAUACCAAAUGUGAAUUCCCUCCGAGGCAACCAAGAGACAAAAAAUGAAUAUAGAUAUUUCUUAUGUCCUUUUUUUGUUCUUUCCAGUUUGAGUUUUUCUGCACAAAUGGCUGAGAAGUAAUUUUUUGCAUUUUAAUAAUCUGGACCUUAUGCAAAAUUAGGCAAUUUUUUUGUUUUAAAAGGAAAAAAUAGCCAUAAACAGGUGUAAUAGUACUCUUACAAGGUGAGAAGAAGUCUAUUAGUCAUACUCCAAAAACCCUUUACAAAACUGAGUUUUGGGCAGUGUCUUCUUCAAUGCACAUUUCAAAAGAAAAUAAUGAUAGAUACCUAAUUGAUCCAGGUGUCACUAAAUGAUGUGAUGUGGAAACAGCUACUUGAUCAAACACUUCAGAAGACUUAGCUAGAGGAUCCCAAGCCUGAUUACGUGAGCACGAUCACCCCAUAACUGCAAUGUGAUUCUCAAGCUAUUGUGAUUCCACCACUGCAUGUCCUUUGAACUUUGGCCAUGUGGUGUUGCCUUAUUGCUAAGCGUACAGACUGUACACAGCACUGAAGGAAGAAAUGAGCCUGCAGCCCAUCGCCCUGCAAACACUGGCUAUCCUGGUCCUAGUCCAUGUAAAGUGUCACACAAAUACAGCUCAUUGUUUCAUGUAUUAAAAUCUCAGACUCUCACUGCAUUUAUUGAAGGACUAUGGCGUAUAUUGCAUAUUCACAUGGCUUAGUUAUAGGCAGUAUCUGAUAUUAUACGUUUUCUCAGACUCUAUUUGGGUCUAGAAUACUUUCCAUUCAAACUCUAAACAACACAUUUAAACAGCUUUGGCUUUUUAAAAUUCAACUUAAAGUUAAUUUAAAUUAAAUUUUAACUUCAACAUGCAAAAACCCAAACAAAUGUAAGUUAGAGACAUGUUUGUCAGUUUUGAAGUGAGCAAGAAUAUCGCAUUGAGGAAAAAAAUUUCAUUUUGUUCUGUUCAACCUUUCCCUUUCACCCCCCACACUGGAAAAAGAAACACUAUAAACAGUUUAAAAAUACAGCUUUAGGAAAAUAAACUGACUAGCUGGGCAAAUAAAUGUUACUGUUUCCUCUUCAAUAUUCUGCAGGUUAUUAAUGUUCUUCAGAUAAAAAUUGCUAACAGGGAUUGCUCUUUUUUGAAGUGGCAAUAAUUUUGUUCUCUGUAUAAGGAUGUCAUUGUUCACUAUUUGUUUAUAGUUCUGUUUUUAGAAAACAAGUAUUAAAUUAAGUACUUAAAAUUGAGGUAUACCUACCUGAUCAUGUUAAAAUGUCAAAAUAACAAUAAUAAGUAUUUAGAAAAGCCAAAUCUACUUGCCUUCUACUGGAUUGGGAUUUUUUUUCAAGUAUUUCAUGCUUGUAUCAGAUCUAAUAAACAUUAAGGCUGA